UCUUUGGUAUCUCUAGUUCGGUUACAUUUGAUUUUCAUCCUCGUACCAACCAUCUUUCGUAUGAUUAAAUAGCUCAAGUUACCCAUCUUUCCUGGAUACUUUGAGUAGCUAACUGGAAGGUAUUCUUACCAAUAUUGAGGGUUUCCUUAUGGUGGGAACCUACCACGACCCUGUGCUAGUCUCAUAUCAACGGAUGGCGCUGCAUUAACUUAAACAUUAACUGCGAACAAUUCUUAUAUUGAGAACGAUCUUCCUUAGCUUACCUGUGCAUGGUGUUGCUAUUAGCACAAUCUCGCAUGCCGCAGCAUCACCUUUCAGAAUCCGGGUCCGCACAUCCACUGAAAAUACCUACCGACAAUGUCUCUUCAGACUUAUGUUCUUGAGGAUGACCAAUGGGUGGCUCGUACGGUCUCUGCGGAUGAGCUUUUGAGAGAAAAUACCACUGCUCGCCGUAAGACGGGAAGACAGUCACUUUCGAAGCCACCCACAUACGGUUUGCUCACAAAAACGAUCGUCGAAAGUCCCGUAAUAAGAUGGGUAUUACCUGUACAGCUUCGAUCCGCUCGCUAUAACGAUGUUGCGUUGAUAGGCGAUAACUGUGUUCAAAUAUGCGAACUUGGCCCAGAUCGACAGCUUAAAGAUGUCAUCAGAAAGAAAGACUUCGGGUCCAGGAUACGAAAUGCGGUGGUUAUGGGUUCGCCUCAAUAUACCCGAAAAGCUAACGAGGGCAACGAAGACGGUACACAUGUCAAGACAGAGGACAGCGAUACUGAAAUGGCUGACAUGAACAAUGCAAUCCCUGGAUUUCGAUGUGAAAAUCCACGCCUUCCCCCUCAGCUACUGGUCCUGAUGCUUGAACGGGGCGACUUGGUGUUUAUAUUUUUGCAGCAAGGGCCUAAUGGUCGUUGGUCCUUCGUAUCUUCAACUCACAGGGUACCUGGAGAACGACUAGUUUCUCCUGGAUGGCAUAUGGCUAUUGACCCUUCCUCGAAUUAUCUGGUUAUCGGAUGUACCGAGAAUAUUUUCAUUGUAUAUCAACUGGAGUCGAUGGAAAACCUACAACACCAAUAUCUGGAAGGAGGCACUUUGCAUCCAAUCAAAGAUUGGGAGGCUCGGCAUGUGAUUGGCAUUAUACACAAGAUUGAGUUUCUUCACCCGAUCUAUGGGAAUGAAAUACAGGUGAUCUUGAUGAUUAUCAUGGUCCAGCCCGAAGUUUCCAAGUUGACAGUAUACGAAUGGGACUGUACUAGUACGAGUGAUUGGAAGAAAGCGCUUCGCGAGGAGAAAUCCGGUCACAGGCUUGACGACGAAUACAGAAUGCCGCUAUUAGUCGUACCCCUUAAAGUCCGAUAUGCGUUUCUAAUCAUCACCGAAAGUAUCACAGCUACCUGUUCGAAUGUUUUAGGUGGACCGCCGACAUUUGUGCAGUUUGAACUAGCGAACUGUGAUAAUACUCAACUGCAUCACGGCAUGGGAGAUCCACUGUGGACUGCUUGGACUAGACCUAUACGCCAUCCACCGUAUCACUCUCAGAAAGAUGUCAUCUAUUUGGCAAGAGAAGAUGGUCUCAUCAACUUCCUUGAAUGCGGCGAUGAAUCCGAGAUUGAGACAAGUGUCAGCAUGGGCUCCGUGGACUGCAACAUCGAUACGGCCUUUGCGUCUCUUUUUCACCUAUUUGGUGACAUUCUAGUUACCGGUGGAGAUUCGGGUCCCGGAGCGGUUUGGAAUGUUCAAGCGAGGCAGUCUCCACAGAGAAUUGGCUCCAUUCCGAAUUGGUCACCAACAGUUGACUUCGUUGUAACUGUCGAGGGGACACUCGACGAGAGCAGCGACGGCUCGAGCUCGGAUAUCGGGCAAAUGUCGCUCUGUCAGCCAGAUAAAGUUUUUUCUUGUAGCGGUAGAGGCAUAACAGGAGCUGUUACGCAAUUUAGAUAUGGCAUUCAGGCAAGGAUCGGCUUGGAUCUCACAUAUUCGUCAAACGUCAAGCAGUGCUGGGCUAUAUCAAACUAUGACGGGGAUGAAGAAGAUGGCUUCUUUUUGCUUCUAGCACUCCCGAGUGGAUCUUCCAUUCUACAUUUAUCUCGAGAUCUAUCAGAGGCAUCAGAGAAAGACCACGAUGCUACACCAUACGAUCUCACCUCAACGACACUUACUGCACAGGAUGCUGAUGGCGUAGCCGUACAAGUGACGGCAAACUAUAUUACAGUUGCUACUCCGACUGGAUGUUCUCAGAAUUCAACAAGCGAGAUAUUGCGAGACUACAAUGCUGUAGUAACAGAUGCGGCCAUUGAAGGCAAUAUGAUCGCUCUGGCAGUCUACUCUGGAUCGGAUUUUAAAAUUGCCUUACUCAAGAUUUCUGGUCUCGAGGUUUCCCUCAAUCAAGCCUUUGAUGUCGAAGGUGAAGUCACUUGUCUUACAAUAGGAAAGUUUAUUGGCAAGACUGUUGUCCUAGCCGGUUUUUACCAAGACAAGGAUCCAAUUCUAUCAAUAUACCCUGCCGAAUUAGGGCAAGAAGCUUCCGCAACGCCCAUUUCGCUGAGGUUGCAACCAAGUGCAAUAAGUUUAAGCCAUGAAUUGGUAACGGACUCUAUGGGCCCCUCUCCCUUUGGGGCCCUCACAAGCAUUGCUUACUUCGGCGAACGAUCUAACAAGGCUGUUGUUGUAGCUGGAACUAAAUUCGGGGACGUGCUUACGAUUCAACUCGAUCAGUCGCAGCCUGGGGAUUAUGGAAUAUACCGGGAUAAGUUUAACGUAUCACAGUCUCGAGUUUAUUCUGGUGCCGCGGUGGGGGAUCCUAACUCGAUAUUGGUUUGUAGCGAUACUGAACUCGCGAUGAUGACAAACUACGUAUCGCUCCGCGAGGGCCGAUUUGAGGAGAUAUAUCGCGUCUGGCCGACUGAUGGAGAUAGACCUAGCAUGGCUUCCCCGCCGAUCAAUUCGGUAGCUUCGUUGCGCGAACAACUUCCUGAAUUUGGAGAUUCAACCAUGGUGAUGAUUUCUGGCCCGCGAAUAAUGAUCACCGAGUUUCAACGCCAACCAAAGCCUGUCCCACGCUAUUUCCCCAUUGGAGGGACACCGGUUAAGAUACUCUACUCUAAGAGGUUGGGAGCUCUUGUUACGGUCGUUUCGAAAGAUGGGUUGCCUUCCUUGCAUUUCAUUGAUCCCGAAACAGGCGACGAUUUAUCGCUGCCUCUCGAGAGGAAGAAAAUUGGCGAGGCCUAUAAUUACCACGAAGUAGAAUAUAUCACAGGUCUAGGGAACAUAGAAACAAGAGUUAUGUCCCUUGCAACCUGGACCUAUAGAAAUGGGAACGUUCGCGGAGAUUGGAUUGUUCUCGCUAUGCGGAGGAAAGAGAAUGAGGGCCUCCUCUUGAUAAUUUCUGCGGAACGUGAGAAAGCAUCAACUGACACUAACGUGUUCCGGCCGGUACGAUUUUGGACUAAAUUCGAUCGAAAAAUAAAGGAUGGUCCUAUAUGGUCCGUUGCGACAGAUGAACAAGGCGUAUUCCUAUGCGUUGGAUAUACCAUCCAAUACCAUCAAAUUGAAGGCGGCAGGUUCCGCAUAACGAGACAGCAUGAAUUACCGUCCCCGGCUUCGUGGAUGGAAGUAGUGAACGGACAUCUACACGCUCUUACUACGCAUCACUCACUAGUUAUUUUCGACUACAGGAGGACGUUUGCCGAGGGAGGCGAGCAGAUGAUUCAGUUACAUACAGACGAAAUAUGUCGACACAGUUUGCAUGCUAUUGAAUUAGGCACACAUGCUGUUCCUAUAACUUUGCUGUCAGACCCGAUGUGCGGUGUACAUGGGUUGUGGGCUCCUGACGAGGAAGAGAGACCACUGUGCCUGGUAUUUCAAGCGGAACUUCAAGCAUCAAUCAGGAAAUUUGCUCGAGGUUUCACCAGAGCUGCAUGGGGAUCGGUUAAGAAUCGACCCCGGUAUGGCUGUGUUAUAACUGGGUUACCUGGAUCGGAUAUCAUAGGUCUUACCAUUGAUGGAUCUCUUCAGCAUUUCUCGCUCCUGAACGAAGAUGCCUGGAGGCUUCUUAGAUUCAUUCAAAAUCUAGCUGUGUCAUUCCCGGCAACUCGCUUACGAUCCUCACUAGACGACCCAUUAAGCCCAGCCGUCGCAGCUGUUGUUGAACUUGAUAUGGAACCUGAUCUGUUUCCGAAAUCGAACACCCACAUCGAUGGAGAUAUUCUGCGGAUAUGUCUUGAUAGACGCGCGUUGGAGGGGCUUGUCUCAAACUCGAAAUACCUGCAGCGAUUCCGAGAACUCCUUAAACCUUUAGACGAGGACGGAUAUCUUUCAUCUGAAGGGAUUAGCAGUGAUGGCUCGUACUUUGAGUUGGCUUACAGCAUUCUCAAGUACUAUCUUUCCCCUGUACUUUCAUGAUAACCUAUACGUUACGAGUAUAUGUCCGCAACAUGCUCGACCCCAUACACGUUAUCUAGGUGGUCACGCACCCAGAUAGCUUUAA